UAAAAUCGAGCCCUGUUUCUAUCCUCUCCCGUUAAAACCUCUCAACUCUCCCUGCCAGAGCUUUCUUCUUGCCGUUCGAGGCGUCUCAAAUGACUUAGCCGGGCUUUGCUUGUUCAUCCAUGGCUAUGGCAUUUCCUGCCCCAGGACUUGCUUGGAGGAUUCACUACACUCGCUCUCCGCUGCUCUUUUGCAUUCGCAAGGCGCGAAUUCAAAGCUCUGUAGUCAUUGGGUCUACUACUGAAUCAGCUAUUCUCUGCAAGGAGGAAGAUAAAGAUUGUAUUUCAUUUGCUUUGCGUAGGAAAGAAAUAGAGCGGGCUGAUAGCUCAAUACCUCAAUGGAAGACAUUGAGUUCUAAGGAUCUUGGGAUUGAUACAUCAAUGAUUUCAAAGCCCACGCGAGUGGUUUUAAAUGGACUGAGGAAACAAGGGUAUGAGGUCUAUCUUGUUGGUGGGUGUGUUCGGGAUCUUAUCCUAAGGAGAAUUCCUAAAGACUUUGAUAUCAUAACUUCAGCUGAACUAAAAGAGGUACGGAAAAUUUUUACUCGAUGCCUAGUUGUUGGAAAACGGUUUCCAAUUUGCCAUGUAUAUGUGCAUGACACUCUUAUAGAGGUUUCGAGCUUUAGCACCUCUGGAAGAAGGAAUGGUUUUAAUCAUUACAUUAACAAACCUUCCAACUUAAAGGAGCCUGAUUAUAUUCGCUGGAAGAAUUGCUCUCAGCGGGACUUUACCAUUAACAGUUUGAUGUAUGAUCCAUACAAAAAGGUUGUAUAUGAUUAUUUGGGGGCAAUGGAGGAUAUAAGAAAAUCCAAGGUGCGAACUAUAAAACCCGCAAAUCUUUCUUUCACUGAGGACUGUGCUCGAAUUUUACGUGCGGUGAGAAUUGCAGCCCGAUUAGGGUUUCGUUUUACCAGAGAUAUAGCACUUUCCAUAAAAGAGUUAUCUUGCUCCGUGUUAAAACUUGACAAGGGGAGAAUACUUAUGGAAAUGAAUUAUAUGCUAGCAUUUGGGUCUGCAGAGGCUUCUUUGAGAUUAUUGUGGAGAUUUGGACUUCUCGAGAUACUUCUUCCCAUCCAAGCAUCAUAUUUUGUUUCCCAAGGAUUCAGGAGGCGUGAUGCAAGCUCAAAUAUGCUUCUGGUUUUACUUUCCAACCUUGAUAAAUUUGUGGCACCCAAUCAACCAUGUCAUAGCAGCUUAUGGAUUGCUCUCUUAGCAUUUCACAAAGCUCUGGUUGACCAGCCUCAAGAUCCAUUGGUUGUUGCUGCGUUUAGCCUUGCUGUCCAUAGUGAUGGAUCCUUGUAUGAAGCAAUUGAAAUAGCCCAAAGUAUCUCGCAGCCACACGCAUCAUUCCCUGAAAUAAUAGAAAGUAACCAUAAAGAAUCAAAUUAUGCACUGAUGGACCAGGUCGUUGAUCUUGCUGUUUCAGUGAAUGCCGUGUUGUGGAAGAUGACUGAUCACCAGUAUGUUUCGCAAGCCAUGAUCAACUAUCCUCAAGCUCCUUGGUCAGAUCUGGUUUUUAUUCCACAAGCUUUGUCAAUGAGGGUAUGUAAAAUUUUUGAAUGUGUUAGAAGGGGCAAGGAAAGGCGACCGAUUCCAAAAAGAAGUAGAACAAUUAACCACGAUUCCUUGGCUUUGGGCAACUUAUCGGAGGUUCGACAUGUUUUUGCUAGGAUUGUUUUCGAGACGGUUUACCCUCGAAACCAAAAUAGACAGAUUAAUAAUGUCAAAUCAACCGAGGGGUGAACAGGUUACGCUCAUAUCUGAAUCUUUGUUUGUGCAAUAUGGCAACACGAAGAGAUGACCGAUAUUAAGUUUAUCGGUAAGCACAUAACUUGUCGAUUCGGAUGGCCGAUUUUGAUCUUCUAGGCAUAAAAAUACAGCAGCAGAUGCAAAGGCUGUUGAAGUUUGGGAAUGUGCACGGAGGGGAAGUGGAUUGAAUUGGGAGUUUAUUUGAUCAGAAUCAUCUUCCCACUUGAGUUUCUGUAAAUUCAUUACAAUAAUACAUUGCAGAAACUCAGUAGCAUAAAAUUUGAGUUUUAGUUCAGUAAUUUUCAUGGUUCUAAA